UCGGCCGGCUAAGACAUCGGCAUCUCCUUCACCGUGGUCCUCAAACGAGCCUCGCGCUCCGACAGGUACACAUCUCGCCUCGCCACUCACGCACCCGCGUCCACGCUCGCACGCUCUCCAGCAAACAGUGACUCGCGAACCGGAGGAGAAGAAGCGAAGCAAAAUGAGGAUAACCUGGCUGCUGUUCGGCCUGGCGUUGUUGAUCGCCUACGCGCACGCGGAUCCGGUGGUGAAAAGGGAGUCCGAGGACCUGAAUCCCUUGAACGAGAUAUACGUUGUGGAGGCUGACGACGACCAGGAAGCGGACGGGGACAGGACCGACAGGGACAAGAGGAAGAUCGGCGUGCUGAAACUGGGCGUGUCGAACGGGAUAAUCAAUUUCGUCUUCGGCAAGCUGGACUCGUUCAUCGAUUCGAAGACCAAGGCACUGUCAGCGUUGGACGAAGCGAACAAAGUGAAGAACGCAGCGUACGGCAUCGACACAAAGUAUUCGGCGACCAGCAAGUUCAUCAACGAGCUGGUCGCUGCGAAGAUCAAGGCGGCGAGCGGGAGCAUCGGCCCGGUGCUGAACAGCGCGCAGACUUUCCUGUCGAGCGCGAAGCAAGGUCUCGCCGGCGCGGUCGUUUCAAAACUCGCGCCGCUCAGCUCCAUCGCUCAGGGAUUGUCCUCUGCAUCCUCCUCGAAUUCCGAGUCGCACGAUCACGACCACGAUCACAGUUACGGCGGAGGAUCCUCGGACGAAGGUGGUAAAGGUGGCUCGAAUGCGCUCUCGCUUAUCGCGAACCUCUUGACCUCGAAGAUUGGCAGCCUGUCGUCGUUGAGCCAGCAGAAGAAUGGCGGACUUUCCGGUUCUCACGAGGGAAGCUCCGAUUUCGGAUCGUACGGACAUACUAGCGACGGGGAGUUGAUCACGACGACCACGGAGGAUAUCCCUAUUUUCGAUAGGACGAGGGUAUCCUUGGACAUACCGGCGCCUCUAUUUGGUUCUGGUUUCACACUAAUUACCAACGUCACCAAAGUUCUGAAUAGAGCGAUCUUGAAUUCGGCGCGUCGAACGCAGACCGUCUUCAACAUUUUCAAGCCAGUGCUCAAUGGGAUUUUUCCUGACAGUGCGGUGUCAAAGUCGAAAGUGGAUCACAAAUAGAAGAAACUCGCCGAGGACAGUUUAAUCGAGCAACACAGCUCGAUUAUCACUUCAGAGACUUUUACGGGGAAAUUCUGAUUGACGUACGCUAUUCUUUGGCGACGAAGUGUUCCGAAUUGUACAAAUAGUCCGAAUUACCUAGUUAGAACUUAGGAAUACUCAUCCUCGCGUGAAUCGUGAUCGAAAGGACCUCAGGUGCUUGUCAGAUGUUCCAUUAGAGGGAUUUGCUUCCUACGGGCGGAAUUAUAUUCACUGUCCUUCGUACAUCGACAAAUUCUCUUCGAAUUGUUUUUUUAUACUUUGUGAAAAAUUAGCUUUACGGUUAAAUACAGAGAAUAAGAAAACGCAGUCCGUCAAAUAUACUACAAAGAGCACAACUGUGUCUGUGACAAUGAAAAACGUCUAGUGUCUAUGACGAUUUAAACUGGUAACAUAAUUUCACAGAAAUAGAUCAUAUAAAGGUCCACUUGAUUUCAUUUUAAAGCGUGAAGCUUCUACUUUAAUAGCUAGUUGAGUUCGUAGUAAGGGAAAGUGAAAAAUUCGAAACGUGCAUGAGAAUGUUAAAAAGAUUCUUUUCGUAACCAGAUCUACCAUUGCUUGGAAGAUUGAAGUCUUCUUUUUAAAACUUGUCGUGCAAUUUUCUUCGCCAUAUUACUUAGUAUUUUUGGAGAUUAGACGAGAAGAAUUCUAUAAAAAUUCCUAACAUUUCGUCACCUGAUUCUAACGUUUCAAAUUCAAUAUAAAAUAGUGAAAAAAAAUCGUACAGCGAGUUUUAAAGC